AUGAAAAGUAUUACUCAUAUUGUGGAAAUUCUUCUUUCACAUGGUGCUGAUGUAAAUUCAAAAGAUUCUUAUCGGAAGACAGCUCUUGAUUAUGCAAAAGAAAAUGGCAAUGAGAAAAUUGAAGAUCUUUUAAUAUCGCACGGUGCAAUCCCCAAUUCAAUGGAUAAUUAA